GGGCCCGGGCCCUUCGUCCCCAGUAACAGGCCGAGGCUGCAGCGGCGGGCGGCUCUCCAGGGGCCGCGCUGAGGGGAGGGCGCGCGCCGCAGCCAGGGCCCUCCUUGCACCUCGACGCACGAAGCCGGCGCGCCCCGCGCGGGAAGGGCAGGGCUGACGGCACUUCCUCCCGCCGCCCAGAGCCGGCCCGAGCAGCCGACCGCCGCCCCGCCGCGCCGCGCCGCCCCGCCAAGCCGUCGAGAUGGGUGAAUCAAGUGACGACAUAGACCAAAUGUUCAGCACUUUGCUGGGGGAGAUGGAUCUUCUGACCCAGAGUUUAGGAGUCGACACUCUUCCUCCUCCUGACCCUAAACCACCCAGAGCUGAAUUUAACUACAGUGUGGGUUUUAAAGAUUUAAAUGAAUCCUUAAAUGCCCUGGAAGACCAAGAUUUAGAUGCUCUCAUGGCAGACCUGGUGGCAGACAUAAGUGAAGCCGAGCAGAGGACUAUCCAGGCACAGAAAGAGUCUUUGCAGAAUCAGCAUCACUCAGCAUCUCCAGAGGCAUCAAAUUUCAGUGGUGCAGGCUCCCUGGGUUAUGGAGCAAAUGUCGCCGCAGCCCGUGUGGAUGAUUUGCCACCUCCACCGGCUGAUCCUGUGUUAGACCUUCCACUGCCACCACCACCACCCCCUCCUGAACCUCUCUCUCGGGAAGAAGAAGAAGCCCAAGCCAAGGCUGAUAAAAUUAAGCUGGCGUUGGAAAAGCUUAAGGAGGCCAAGGUUAAGAAGCUUGUCGUCAAGGUGCACAUGGACGACAACAGCACGAAGUCACUGAUGGUGGAUGAGCGGCAGUUGGCCCGAGAUGUUCUGGACAACCUUUUUGAGAAAACUCACUGUGACUGCAAUGUAGACUGGUGUCUCUAUGAAAUAUACCCAGAACUACAAAUUGAGAGGUUUUUUGAAGACCAUGAAAAUGUUGUUGAAGUCUUAUCAGACUGGACAAGAGACACAGAAAAUAGAGUACUAUUUUUGGAAAAAGAAGAAAAGUAUGCUGUAUUUAAAAACCCCCAGAAUUUCUACUUGAAUAACAAAGGAAAAAAAGAAGGCAAGGAAACCAAUGAGAAAAUGAAUGCUAAGAACAAGGAAUCUUUACUCGAGGAAAGUUUCUGUGGAACGUCUAUCAUUGUACCAGAACUCGAAGGAGCUCUUUAUUUGAAAGAAGAUGGAAAGAAAUCCUGGAAAAGGCGCUAUUUCCUUUUACGGGCUUCUGGAAUUUAUUAUGUACCCAAAGGAAAGACUAAGACAUCUCGAGAUCUGGCAUGUUUUAUACAGUUUGAAAAUGUCAAUAUUUACUAUGGGAUUCAGUGCAAAAUGAAAUAUAAAGCACCCACUGACUACUGCUUUGUUUUAAAGCACCCCCAAAUUCAGAAGGAGUCCCAGUAUAUCAAGUAUCUCUGCUGUGAUGACGCAAGAACUCUCAACCAGUGGGUUAUGGGAAUUCGGAUCGCCAAGUAUGGGAAGACACUCUAUGACAACUACCAGCGGGCCAUGGCCAGGGCUGGCCUUGCCUCUCGGUGGAUCAGCAUGGGGACUGUCAAUGCAGUGACACCAGCCCAGCCUUGCACAGGACUUAAAACGGGCGCGUCCCAGCCCAACGGGCAGGUUCCGCAGGCCGCCCCUGCUGCCAGCGCCGCUGCUGCCCUGGGAGACGCGCAGAGACCGGCGGCCCAGAUGGCCUGUUUUCAUUUUAUGAAGCAUUUAACAUCUGCAUUUCCAAAUGUAUAUAGUAUAUCAAGGUUUCAUCACACGACACCAGUAGCAUGCUGUUACAGUAAAACACGGAGUGGUGAGAAAUUCACCGAUCCUUUUAAACUGGGCUGGAGAGACUUGAAAGGUCUGUAUGAGGACAUAAGAAAGGAACUGCUCAUAUCUACAACAGAACUUAAGGAGAUGUCUGAGUAUUACUUUGAUGGAAAAGGAAAAGCCUUUCGACCAAUUAUUGUGGUGCUAAUGGCCCGAGCGUGUAAUAUUCACCAUAAUAACUCCCGAGAUGUGCAAGCCAGCCAGCGCUCCAUAGCCUUAAUUGCAGAAAUGAUCCACACCGCUAGUCUGGUUCAUGACGACGUUAUCGACGAUGCAAGUUCUCGAAGAGGAAAACACACAGUUAAUAAGAUCUGGGGUGAAAAGAAGGCUGUUCUCGCUGGAGAUUUAAUUCUUUCUGCAGCAUCUAUAGCUCUGGCACGAAUUGGAAAUACAACUGUCAUAUCUAUUUUAACCCAAGUUAUUGAAGAUUUGGUGCGUGGUGAAUUUCUUCAGCUAGGGUCAAAAGAAAAUGAAGAUGAAAGAUUUGCACACUACCUUGAAAAGACCUUCAAGAAGACUGCAAGUCUGAUAGCCAACAGUUGUAAAGCAGUCUCCGUUCUAGGAUGCCCUGACCCAGUGGUGCAUGAGAUUGCCUAUCAAUAUGGAAAAAACGUGGGCAUAGCUUUUCAGCUAAUAGACGAUGUGUUGGACUUCACCUCCUGUUCUGACCAGAUGGGCAAACCAACAUCAGCUGAUCUGAAGCUUGGGUUGGCCACUGGCCCUGUCUUGUUUGCUUCUCAGCAGUUUCCAGAAAUGAAUGCUAUGAUAAUGAGACGGUUCAGUUUGCCAGGAGAUGUGGACAGAGCUCGACAGUAUGUAUUACAGAGUGAUGGUGUGCAGCAAACAACCUACCUCGCCCAGCGGUACUGCCAUGAAGCAAUAAGAGAGAUCAGUAAACUUCGACCAUCCCCAGAAAGAGAUGCCCUCAUUCAACUUUCAGAAAUCGUACUCACUAGAGAUAAAUGACAAUUCCUUCUGUUCUUUCUGGCAGCUAUUUUACCAGACUGUGCCUAAAGAAUUUUGUGGAAUACACUUUGCUUCAUGUGCACAUAACCAAAAAUCAUUUUAAAAAAUAAUAUCAACCUUAUUGAUGGGCAAUUUUUUUUAUUGGCAGUGUUUUUUCAGAAAACUUUUUAAAUGUAAUUAAGCCAUCUGAAUCUGUCAUUCUGGUCCUAUAAAUUUGAAUCGAGGUAUCUUGAUGGUUAUAUGUGGUAUUGUUUACACUGUUAAUAUCCACAUGUAAAGCCAUUACACAAAUAAAUAAUCAAUGAUCAAUGUUAAAAUUCAAA